GUGUGAGCAACGUGUGUUUUAAAACUGCUUGAGUGAGCUAACAUCUUGCUGUGUGUGUGUGAGUGUGUGUGAGUGUGUGUGAGUGUGUGUGAGGAUGAGGGCCGUCACCGCUGUGCUGUGCGUCCUGCUGGUCGCCCAGGUCGGAGCCUCUAGGUCGGUCCGCGACACCCAGGGCACCCCCCAAGCUCCAGAACCGUCCAAGAACAACGGCUCUGUCCCGCGUCCGCCCCCACAGCCCCGAGGCUCCUUCCCCCCCAUGUGCAUUAAGCCCACAGAGAUCAAGUACGCCUUCAAGUACGUGAACACCAUCGUGUCCUGCCUGAUCUUUGUGGUGGGGAUCAUCGGCAACUCAACGCUGCUCAGGAUCAUAUAUAAGAACAAGUGUAUGAGGAAUGGACCCAACGUCCUCAUCGGCAGCCUGGCUCUGGGGGACCUGCUUUAUAUCAUCAUCGCCAUUCCCAUCAAUGUGUUCAAGUUAUUAGCCGAGGACUGGCCGUUCGGUGUUUACGUCUGUAAGUUGAUGCCGUUCAUCCAGAAAGCUUCAGUGGGAAUCACCGUCCUCAGCCUGUGUGCCCUCAGUAUUGACCGCUACCACGCUGUGACGUCAUGGAGCAGGGUGAAGGGGAUGGGGAUCCCUCUGUGGAAAGCAGUGGAGGUGACUCUGAUCUGGCUGGUUGCCGUGGUGCUCGCGGUCCCUGAGGCGCUGGCGUUCGACAUGAUGGAGCUGUCGUACAGAGGCAACAAGAUGCGUGUGUGUCUGCUGCACCCAGAACAGACAGGCAGCUUUAUGCAGUUCUACCAGGACGUGAAAGACUGGUGGCUGUUUGGCUUUUAUUUCUGCUUCCCACUGGCCUGCACAGCAAUCUUCUACACACUCAUGUCCUGCGAGAUGCUCAGUCGCAAAAAAGGCAUGCGCAUCGCACUCAACGACCACAUGAAACAGCGGAGGGAAGUAGCGAAGACGGUGUUCUGCCUCGUUUUGAUUUUCGCUCUCUGCUGGCUGCCCCUCCAUCUCAGCCGUAUUCUGAAGAACACAAUCUACGACCAAAAUGACCCCAACCGCUGCGAACUGCUCAGCUUCCUGUUAGUGAUGGACUACAUCGGCAUCAACAUGGCCUCCCUUAACUCGUGCAUCAACCCCAUCGCCCUCUACUUUGUCAGCCAGAAGUAUAAAAACUGCUUCCAAUCCUGCUUCUGCUGCUGGUGCACUCUGGGAAGUGCAGUUUUGUGA